AUGUCGCGCUACCAUCGCUUAGCAACAGAGCACGCGACGUUAGUCUUUUCCUUCUGUGUUAAUUUUGUUGAUUUUACCGCAAAAUAAUGCAAAGUAACUUGGGAAAAUAUCGAGACUCGACUCCUGAGCUUUCGCCAGCAGGCAAAAUCUUUGAACAAGGUGGAACUGCGAGUGAAUGCAUUCAUGGACGUGGUAAAGAGCCUCCAGUUCCAUCUCCAGUGAACAAGUUUUGUAACACGGAUGCAGGAAGACCUCCAGUUGCAGAGAUGAGGAUUCAUCAUGGAAGAGCAGAUGACGAAGAUGUUGCAUCUCGAUAUUAUCAUGGUGUCAGCACUGUAGGUUCCGUAAAGGCCAAACAACUGGUGAACCCUGAGUUUAAAUCUCAUUUCAAAAGUUGUGUUGAUGCAAAGAAAGAGUCGGCUUAUUUAAGUAAAAAGGAGAAACCUUUAGGAAAAUCGCGCGACAACAGUGCAUUUAUGCCUUCGAGUAUUGAUCGUUUGAAAACUGCAUUUGGAAAACCAACUAUAUUUAGCGGUACAGCUGGCGAAUGUGUCAAUCCUAAUAAAACUCCAUCACAAGUACAAGAAGAAUCACAAUUUGCUCAUGACAUGUACAAGCUUAGUCAUAACGACUACAAUGUUUCUGAGAUGUAUGAUAGAAAAUACGAUUGGAGCAAGUUUACCAAGGAGUCUUUGUAUGGAAAAGAAACCCCUCACUUCAAUGAUGGUAGAAACACAUGCAAGUCUCUGAAAUGGAUUCACGAUUUGCAAACUAAAAAAGGAGCGAGUAUCGUUUCCAAACGUGUGGAUGAUUAUAGAGAGAGAACGCAGCCACAGCUGGGAUCUGUACACGACCCAAUUGUGGACACUUUGAACGUACCUCCUGACCACACGUUUGGAAUCAUGUUAAGACCUGAUGAAUACGGAGCAGGUGAUUUACUUCACGGCCGAUCGCCGGAUGCUUACCUUCGUGGAAGAGACAGGGAGCGAGGAGUGUUACACGCCAUCAGACAACAUCUCAAGAAAGCUAAUUAUCAUAAUUUCAAUAACUUGGCUCAAGCAUUUGCUCAUUAUGACAGGAACCAAGACGGCUUUAUUGAUGGAGAAGAACUCAGGAACGUUUGUUACCAAUUAAACGUUCCAGUUGAAGAUGAAAUGUUAUUUCUCCUUAUGUCAUAUUGCUGUGCCGAAUCUACCGACAAGGAGCAUGAGGCAAAAAUAGAUUAUGUCAAGUUCGCUAACUUUUUGAACUGGAAAGAUAAGAUGCCAAUGUCUGCAGAUAAAAAAACUGGAAAAGAACUUCCAAUUCCUGAUACACCAACCAUACAAAAGCAAAUCGAUCGCGCUGUAACUCAGCAUAAGACGUCAUCAUCUGUUAUUGGGGCGUUGUCCGCUGUUGAUGCAAGCCAGUACAGGAAAUAUGGGAUUCCUACAGUGAGGAGUGAUAUUGCACCACCAAAACUAAGGAGGGUAAGUGACCAUGUGAACUAUGGUGAUGAAUCAGACGCUUAUGGAUUGGUUAAUCCAACAAUGUACUCAGAAAAAGGGAUUUAUGAACAAGAUAUGUUCGAAGCAAGACCAAAAACUGAGAUUGAGAGUAUUUUCACAAAUAUUGGUGUAAAUAUGACUCCAGAGAUGUUUAACGAAUUGUGGGAGCUUGCCAAACAGAGAGAUCCGCGAGGACGAAACUUGGUAUCUGUUGAGACAUUUCGUAGCGUGUUAGAUGACGUUCAAGCUACUUCCAUUACAGCGUGAUCAUUGUGUUUGUUUUUGUUACUUCUCAGACUUCUGUAUCAGUUCUUCAAAUUGCUGUGAACUUUUCCAUGAUUUUUGCACUAUUUGCGUAAAUUAUGCACUUCUAGAAUCGUGUGUCAUUUUGUUCAUUUAAUUUUUAAGUUUUUUACUGAACAUUGUUCUAUUGUGACGUCAUUAAAUGAAAUAU